AUGGGAGACUGGUCGAUUCUGGGCCGAUUUUUAACUGAGGUUCAGAAUCAUUCCACUGUCAUUGGUAAGAUUUGGCUGACCAUGCUCUUGAUUUUUCGUAUACUGCUGGUGGCGCUGGUCGGAGAUGCUGUGUACAGCGAUGAGCAAUCCAAGUUCACCUGCAAUACGCUGCAGCCGGGUUGCAACAAUGUCUGUUAUGACACCUUUGCCCCCGUCUCAAACCUGCGCUUCUGGGUCUUCCAAAUUGUGCUCGUCUCAACACCAUCCAUCUUCUACAUUAUAUAUGUCCUGCACAAGAUUACAAAAGACGAGAAGCUGGAGACAGAAAAGGGUCAGGUAAAGGCCAUGAACCCAGUAAGGCUGGACGUGGGUGCUGUCAAAGCAGCAUAUGGGUCACAGGGAGAAGAUUGGGGUGGUCAGGAUGAGGGGAGCGUGGAGCAAAACCUACUGCGGGAAGAUUUUAGAGAGGUUGGAAAAGACCCAACUACACUCCCCAGUCAGGUCCUUCUCAUCUAUAUUGUUCAAGUGCUGAUUCGCUCUGUUUUGGAGAUCACUUUUCUGGUCGGUCAGUACUACCUGUUUGGAUUCGAGGUGCCUCAUUUGUUUCGAUGCGAAACUUAUCCCUGUCCGACACUGACUGACUGUUUUGUGUCACGGGCAACAGAAAAGACCAUCUUUCUUAAUUUUAUGUUCAGCGUCAGCCUGGGCUGUUUCCUUUUAAACAUUGCGGAGCUCCACUAUCUGGGCUGGAUCUAUGUUUUCCGUAUGCUUUGUGGGGCCUGCUUCAUGUGCUGCAGGUCGGAAAGGGAAUUGAACCAUCAUCACAACCCUUUGCUGCUGAGGCUUAGACAUUCAAUGCGAGGCAGGCUGGUCCUGCAGACCCCCACGAUAACAUCGUCUCAGGGGAAAACAGGGACAGCUUGGCUUUCACACGCUCCAGCUAUUGCUUUUGAGACUGACUCAACUAUGGAGUGUACGCCAAAGAGAAACCCAGAGGAACGGGAACGCAUGAGGCUGAAAUUGGCCAACAUGGUUAGAUGUGGUGUCAAGAAGUCCUGGUUGUAAUGUGUAUUAUUGUUUUAGAAAUUCCUUAUUGGGUCACAUAUGUCCAUUUUAGUCUGAAAAUGAUCUUGUCAGUCGAUCAGACUUGUUUUGAUGUGUUAAGCCCCGUUCAGACCGCCAGCAACUAGAAGUGGCAGGGUAACAUGAUCUCAUUGAUUUCAAUGGAAGCUUGCCGCCAUCUGGCGAUAGAAGCGACCGGAAGUGGAAGUGGGCGUGUCCACCAAUGAGACAACACAAUCUCAAGGCAAGUCGUAGUAUAGUCACAAAAUAUUUGAUUUAUUUAUUUGUGUUUAUGGACACAAAUUUCCGCUUUUUAUCUUUUUUGUGUCACUCUUUAUAU